AGAACAGUAAGGGAGAAAGCUGUGUUUUACUGACCAGAGAAUCUCAAUGAAACUAGAACAACCUGGCUUUGGGGGAAAAAGCUAUUGAAACAUCCAAGUUUGCUCUGAUCAGCUGGUUCUGUCCCUUUUGAUAUUGUUGCUUCUGGAUCAGAAAUUUUCUUUGCUUCAGAGUGGAAUGGUAGAAGAAGGUAGAAGCCGGGGAGAUCCAGCUCCCUGUAGUGGCAGGCAACAGAGAUCUUCAUACUUUCCUGCCUCAUCACAACGGGGCAUUUCAGUGGUAAGCAAAGCAGUAUGGAGUGUGGCACGAACAGGGAAUGGAUGGCAUUUUGAGCAAGCUGUUGGAGUAGAUUGUAGUUUGCCGGAACCCCGUUGCAUCUGGCUGACAAGUUUGCGGAACAACGAUGCUGAAUGUUGGGAGAGACGAUGGCGGCGUGCUGGAGCAAUGAUGGCCUGGCAGAAAUUCCAGGCACGGCACAGGAGGGCCAGGAAGCUCACGCCAAAACUGGUCCAGAGAGAUGGUACAGCCACAAAUGCCAAUGCGCCCCCCAUGGAGUCCUUUCCCUGGGUGGGGCCGAAGACAGUGGUGCUGCACAAGAACCUUCAGGGCGGUUAUGGCUUCACUCUCCGGCAUUUCAUUGUCUACCCCCCAGAAUCAGCUGUGCACACCAACGUGAAGGAAGAAGAAAAUGGAAACAGAACAGUGCCUCCACGGAACCGGUUGGAACCCAUGGACACCAUCUUUGUCAAAAAUGUAAAGGAAGAUGGGCCAGCACAUCAGGCUGGUCUCCAGACAGGAGAUCGACUGGUUAAAGUAAAUGGUGAAAGCAUCAUUGGGAAAACCUAUUCACAGGUUAUCAGCCUCAUACAGAACUGUGAAGAUGCUUUGGAACUCUCCAUUAUGCCAAAAGAUGAGGAUAUUCUGCAACUGGCGUAUUCUCAAGAUGCAUACUUAAAGGGCAAUGAACCAUACUCUGGAGGGGCACAGAGCAUUCCUGAGCCACCACCUAUAUGCUAUCCUCGUAAAAAUUAUCCAUUUCAGUCAAGACGGGAUGUUUCAUCAGCUGAAAUUUACCAGGGACAACAGGUGGAUAAUAGGCAGUCCUACCAUUCAGGGUCCUCAGGCCCAUCUUCUCCUUUGAAUAGCACUGCAGUUCACAAAACUCAUCUAAGUGCCUGGACUGAAUCCAAACAAAAUUUCACUAGCAACCAUUCCAGUCCUGCCCACUGUACAGAGGAGGUCCAGUAUGGAAUGACUCAACGGGCACCUAUUCCAAGGCAUAUCCCAACUUCUGGUUCUUUCUCCCAGUACCCCAAUAGCAGUUGUCCAGGUUCUGUAGCUUCUUCCUCACCUUACAUUCCUUCCACUUACUCUAUGCCCAACCACGGCUGCUAUGGACCCCCCAAACAUCUUCCUGAUCAUCACCCACAUGGUGGAUUGAAGGAUGCUCAUCGUGAGGGCAGGCCCUCACGGGAAUGCAUUCGAGCUGGACCCAAAUCUAUUAGCCGUCUAGAAUGCCAACAGGCCUUGUCCAACUGGAUCUCAAAUCAAGUACCACGUCGAAGCUCUUCAGAGGAGCGAUGCAGUGCUAUGCCACCUCGUUACCGAAGUGUAUCACAAGACCAUCUGGGAGACGUUUCAUCCUCCAGGGGUUGGUCUCAUAGUGCUUCCCAAGAAACUUUAAUCCAGUCUUCAGCUCAUGAUAACUGGACUUACCGUGCAAGAUCAGAUAACUAUCUGAUGAAAUACGGGCAAUCCAUGGAAGCUCUUGAACAGGCUGACUUGGUUUCUCCUAGUUAUGGAAGGUGCAUAUUGCCAUCAGACAGGUUUUACCAGCAUGGGCAAAUUAACCGAGCCCAGCCUAAUCAUCCAAAUACUUGUAUUCCUUCUGCCUCUUCCAGAGAUCCUCCCUCUGUACAUGUGCAAAAACAUCCUUCUCAGCCCAACCUCCAGAGCAUUGAUGACUCUGGUUAUAUUGGCUACCGAAGCUACAGCCCUUCAUUCCAGCGUCGGACUGGCUUACUCCAUGCUCUUUCUUUCCGCGAUGCUACUUUUGGUGACCUUCCAACAUUUAAUAUUUCUCAAAGGCAGUUGAGUCACUCAACACCAUCUUAUGUUGAGAAGUCUUUGCCUACUGCUGUGCUUUCAAGUGCUCCUUCUACUUGUCCAGACCCUUUCCUGGCCAGCAGCCCAGAGAUCCUAAUGGACCAAAGAUCAGCCAAACAGGAGAAUGAUGUGAAAUCUUUUGAGCAGAUUUCUUCAUCUCAAGCUAUAGAACCACUACAGUCUGAUGCUGAGGAGAGAAAAGAUGAAGUAGUUCUUCGACAGAAGCCCCCAACUGGACGUAAAAUGCCUCCUCCUGCAAGGCAGAUGAAUUUUGUCUUCCCCAGUGAUCUAAAGGAAACAGACAUUUGUGAUCCACCUGCAACGGCGCCGGCAGCCAAUAAAGAAAACAAGAGGGGUGUGGCCCCUUUGGCUACACCAGAGGAUUCACUUGCGUUCAUCCCAUUUAUUGAUGAACCAACAAGCCCCAGCAUUGAUUUGAAGGCAAAACACAUCCCUGCUUCCUCUGUUGUUUCCAGUGCCAUGAAUUCUGCCCCGGUGCUCUCGGCUAGUCCUUCUUCACCUACCUUCACCUUUGCCAUGAAUCGCCAUUAUUCCCAGGAUUGUAGCAAUAUCAAAGCCAGCCGUCGAUCUUCCUACCUCUUAGCCAUAACCACAGAACGCUCCAAGUCAUGUGAUGAUGGUCUGAACACAUUUCGGGAUGAGGGGAAACUUUUAAGGAGGUUGCCAAGUCGUGUGCCUAGCCUACGUAUAUUAAGAAGUUUCUUUACUGAUGGGUCUUUGGAUAGCUUGGGCACCUCUGAAGACACACGUUCAAAGAGGCAUUCCACCUCUGAUCUUUCGGAUGUCACUUUCAGUGAUGUGAGGAAAGAGGGCUGGCUCCACUAUAAACAGAUCCUCACCAAAAAAGGCAAAAAAGUUGGCGGAGGCAUCCGGCAGUGGAAACGGGCCUUUGCUGUCCUGCGUGCACACUCACUCUACUUAUGCAAGGACCGAAGGGAGGCUGUGGCCCUUGCCCCGCCCCCAGGUGAGGAGGAGCAGCCACCAAUCAGCAUCCGAGCGUGCCUGGUAGACAUCUCCUACAGUGACACCAAGAGGAAGCACGUCUUCCGGCUGACGACCGCUGACUUCUGUGAAUGUCUCUUUCAGGCCGAGGACCGGGAUGACAUGCUGGCCUGGAUUAAAGUCAUCAGGGAGAGUAGCAAAGCCGAGGGCGAGGACCCUGGGUUUGCAAGCCAAGCACUGAUCAAUAAGAAACUAAAUGAUUACCGAAAAGUGAGUUCCUCAGGGACCAAACCAGAUUCUUCCCCCAAAGGUCUUCGAAUGUCAGGGAUGAAGUCAGAAAGCCAGAAACAAACAGGAAUAGCUGCACCCUACUCCCCACGGCAAGAUGGAGUAACAGUAAAAGAUGACAGUGUUCCUCAGAAAGCACCUUGGGGCAUCAACUUAAUGAAGAAGAGUAAGAAACCUGUUCCAAGAGCAUUUGGUAUAAGGUUAGAAGAUUGCCAGCCAGCUCCUGACAACAAGAAAAUCCCCCUGAUUGUGGAAGCCUGUUGCAAGGUAGUGGAAGACAAAGGUUUGGAAUACAUGGGCAUCUAUCGAGUCCCAGGGAACAAUGCUGUGGUAUCCAGCCUACAAGAGCAACUAAACAAAGGGGCAGCAGAAAUCAACUUACAAGAUGAGAGAUGGCAAGACUUGAAUGUUAUUUGCAGCCUCUUGAAGUCUUUCUUUCGGAAGCUCCCAGAGCCUCUGUUUACCGACGAUAAAUACAAUGACUUUAUUGAAGCCAACCGGAUUGAAGAUGCCAGUGAAAGGAUGAAGACCUUACGCAAACUGAUCCGGGAUUUGCCAGGCCAUUAUUAUGAGACCCUCAAGUUCCUGGUGGAACACCUCAAGACAAUUGCAGACCAUUCUGAGAAGAAUAAGAUGGAGCCGCGGAAUCUUGCCUUGGUAUUUGGCCCCACGCUAGUUCGAACGUCGGAGGAUAACAUGACUGACAUGGUGACACAUAUGCCUGAUCGCUAUAAAAUUGUGGAGACCCUCAUACAACACUCAGACUGGUUUUUCAGUGACAAGGAAGAAAAAGGUGAAAAGACUCCUAUAGAUGAACAAGAGGCCCAGUCAAUGCCAAAUAUUGAGUACCUUCUACCCAACAUUGGAAGAACAGCAGCAUCAGGAGAUGCUUCAGCGGAUCUGCCGGAGCUCUAGAGCUGGUACAGUGUGGUUGUGCUCUGAUGUUCAUGCACUAAUUCCAUUGGGUGAUUAUGAGAGAUGGGGAAAGGCAGAACUUUAGAUUUUGGCUCCUUAUUGGAUUUUUCAUGUUGCUUUGAAAAAAUACCAGAGGCAUUUGCCAUAAUUUAAAGAUUAGGGUGUGGUUUUGCCUUCCAAUUAUUUGCCUUCCUGUUUAAAAUCAGGGAGCUUCUUCUUAAAGUCAACCAGUAGAAAUUCCCAUUUUGAGCAGCUGUAUAUGAAAGGGUGAUAAAUGAGAUAUCAAUCAAUCUAAAACAAAUGCUUAUGGGUAUUUCUAAGUAAUUUUUUGACGGGACAGCAACAGCUUGAUCUAUUGAAUUUGCCACUAUACAAUUUGUAACCCUUCUUUAUUUUCUCACUAUUUUUAAAAUCUUUUUUUAAACCACCAUAUAUAGGUUUGGGAAGCAUAAAAAGGUUAAUUCUUAUCUUUGGCAGCAUUAGUAACAUAUAAAUCAUAUGUCCAGUGCCUUAAUAUGACUAUUAUUGUGUCACAGAGUACUUUUAUAUUUUUAUUAGAUAAUUUCUAAUAUUCUAAUUUCUACUUUCAUUUUCUCUCUUUUCCUUUUAUUAUAAUAUAAAUAACUUGAGUAGUAAAGCAUUAAAACAUAUAACAUUUUUUAAAAACAAUACCUAAAUGUGAUUAUAUUAAGUAUAUUUGCAGUCAUACUUUAAGGCUUCAGUAUAAUACUCACUAGGGAUAAGCUGUCACUGGGGUUUAUUAUUUAAUGAGUAGAUAUUAAAUUAUUUUAAAAAAACUGAGCAUUGUAAAGUAAAAUAAUCACAAUAAUAAAUGUUAAAAGUUCUCAGUAAAGUUGUUUGGAUAAAUUCUUAUUAUCGGAUGUCCAGAAAAAUGUGCUGAAGGACAUUCUUCACUCAGCCUUUUUGCCUGACUAAUCUAAUUUUAAACUGAGAUAUGAGUUUGAUGUAUAAUUUGAUAGCAAUAGCAGUUAGCAGUUAGACUUAUAUAC